AUGGCGAACGUCGAAACAGGACAACAGGGAGAAAACUCCAUGUCACCCGAUGGCGCCUCGGGACUUGGUGUUCCCUUUGCCACUUCUCAUGGAACAAACCUCAACGGCAACGCAACCACCGGUCAAGGGAUGACCGACGCGUUGCCGGACACCAUGGAAAGCAGGAAUGAAACUAUCAACCGUCCACCUCACCAAACCGCUGUUGAUACUUCCGAAGACGAGCCUGACCCUAGGAGGCAGGUCAGUUGCCUGUCAAGGAUCUCACAUGCUCAUAUCCCGCAGAUGAUAACAAUUAACGGAACGCUCGGGGCAGGGCUGUACGUUCGAAGCGGCCAGAUUCUCGAGCUUGCUGGGCCUAUUGCAGUCAUCAUUCCUUUUCUUGUGCUUUGUGUUUUGGCCUGGUGGGUAAUGUCGUGCAUCACUGAGCUGUUAUGUCUAUGGCCUGUGCCAGGGGCCCUGCCUUUAUUUGUCGCCAAGUUUGUGGACCCUGAGUUAGGCAAUGUGGUGGCAAUUGCCUACUGGUUCACAUACUCCAUCGGAUUUGCAGCUCUGGUUUCCAUUUGUGCUAGCACCAUUGGUUACUGGUUACCCGACAUGGCUGUUGCUGGCCAUGUUACCUGCUACUGUCUGUUGCCUUUCAUUUUGGGUGGAGUUAACAGUUUGGAAAUUGGGAUAUACGGAUUGAUUGAGGCCGUCACUGGAACCAUUAAAUUGAUCAUGUUGAUCGUUGUCAUUAUUAUCCUUGUUGUUAUUGACUGCAAAACUAAAAUGACGGAUAAAUUGAAGGCAGAAUGGGAACAACCCACUGUAUAUGAUGAGGCUGCAGCAACAAGUUUUGCGCCGGCGUUCAUAAUGGCUUUCCCGAUCGCCACCUUCGCCUUCACCGGUGUAGAGAUUAUUGCGGCUUCUAUUGUAGAAGCCCGUUGGAAAAAAGCGCCCAAGGAUGUCCGUAGAAGAAACACUGGAGCGCAAGGUUGGGGUGGCCACGAAAACGCCACCAUCACCACCACCAUUAGGAGUAUGGCUGCCGUUGUUCCGAUUAUUAUUGGUAUUGCAUACGUACUCGGCGGAGCGCUUGUCGCAAUUGGGCUGAGUCGAAGCGACCCUGCCCUUCCUAGACUGAGCUGGGUUGAGAACGGCACCAGUACCGCAACCAGCACUAUUGAUUCCACCAGCACGGCUACUGGAACAAGUAACAACGAUUCUAUCAAGUCCAUCUCUUCCCCUUUCACCCUCAUUGCGAUACACUCUGAUAUCGACUACCUGGAACACGUCUUCAAUGCAUUCAUACUUUUCACGGCUUUGACAUGCGCAAACACCAAUCUCUAUGUUGCAUCGAGGGUCCUAUUUGGGGUCACAUCAAACAUACGCGCUUCGAGAGGGCUGCUAAAAUUCCUUAGUCAGUUCAGUGAGACAUAUACCAACGGGGUACCACUGCUGGCAGUAUGGGUUUCGAUUUUCUUCUGUUGGGUACCCUUCCUUGAAAUACCAGGAGGAUUCGAUACAGGGUCCCCAUUCGGAUGGGCUGUCGGUAUCUUAACACAGUCGGGAUCUUCUGGAUGUGUCAAUGUUGGGCAUAUAUCCGCUACCAUGACUAGUCAGUCCAGAACCUCUAUUCAUAUAUCAGAUGGACGUGCUAAUUGCGUUAUAUUUUAUAGUCUUGAUACCUACAAGGUGCUUUUGCAGACUAAAUCUCUCCAUCCGGUCCGCAACAACAUCUAUCCCUAUCGUAGCUAUGGGCAGCCGAUUCUGGCUUGGAUCUUCGCGUUUCUUUUUGUUUGGCUUUGCCUUAAGCUUUUGAACGGGAAGCUACCCUGGAUUACAAAACUCACGAAGGGACAAGUCGUUGAAGCUUUCGACCAUCUUAAGACUUUGAGAGACGGUUCACUUGUAAUCCCUAAUGGUUCCAAUACCGGCGCUUAA